AGGUUCUCCUUCCCUUCUCAGUCUCCUCCUCGGAAGUAGACGUUCGUGUCUAUAUUCCGUUCAUUUUAUUUUUAAUAUCAGUUUAGAAAGAUCCCUUUUAGAUUUUUAAAACCCCCACCAAAUUUCACAGCAAGCAUGGAGGCGAAGCUGGACGCUUAAAAAGAUGACGGAUUCCGAUUUGCUCCUUUAUUUUACCUCAGUUUAAUGGACCGGAUGAUCUGCGUUUCCCACAGCCUUGCAGGGGAGGUAGCUGUAUCCAGUGGGGAGGUAGGCUUUUCCAGGGUGUGUGAUGAAGUUCACCCAGCCCUUGGAAAGCCGGAAGCUGUCAUCUCUUCUAGAGAAGGCAGUUUCUAGGGAAGCCAAACUAUGGAAGGUUUACGUGCCAAAGAAACCUACCAACCAGGAUACAGAUAUUUCCCCUGAAAAGCGUGAUGAGGCCGUCCGGUGGUUGAGGGAUGUGCAUUCCCAGCUGAAGCUCUAUCCAGAGACCCUCUGCCUGGCCAUCGGCAUCCUGGAUCGCUUCCUCUCUGCCAUUAAGGCCCGUCCUAAGUAUCUGCGCUGUAUCGCCAUCUCUUGUUUCUUCCUGGCUGUUAAGACCAGUGAGGAAGAUGAGCGGAUCCCGUCUCUGAGAGAGCUGGCAUCCAGCAGCAAAUGUGGCUGUUCUCCGUCGGAGAUCUUGCGGAUGGAGAGGAUUGUUCUGGAUAAGCUGAACUGGGACCUGCACUUCACCACCGCACUGGACUUCCUUUACAUCUUCCAUGCGAUGGUUCUGAGCUGCAAGUCCGGGCGACUGAACGUGGCGUUGUCGGGUCUGAACCCGUCACAGCAUGUGGCUCUGCUCACCCAGCAGCUCUUCCACUGUCUGACCCACAAUGCACUGCUGCAAGUGCGCGGCUCAUUGCUGUCCCUCGGCCUCAUCACGCUUGAGCUGGAGAAACUCUGUCCUGAUUGGCUCGCUCUCACUGUCGACCUGCUGCACAAAUUGCAGAUCGACAGUUCUCAGCUGAUCGGCUGUCGAGAGCUGGUUGCACGUUGCCUGUCCACACACAUGGCUUCCCUGCCUCCUAACACUGUGUACAUCUGCCAUCCCCUGCUGAACACCUCGGGGCCUCGGGACAGGGGAGUCCUGCCCGCCUGGCAAGUCUCCCCUGCUCCGACAGCACCCUCUGACCCCAACACCACCCACAACCGCUCGAGCAAGUCCUCGGCCAAGCGGAAGGUGGAGCACAUGGAGGUGGACGAGUAUUUCGAUGGGAUCAAGCGCCUGUACAACGAGGAGAGUCCCCAGGAGGGGGCGCUCUCGUGCACGGGCGAAACGGUGGGAGGAGUGCAGCAGAAUGCUGGCUCCUCCCCCUGCCCACCUCUCCAACCGGUCAGAGAAACCUAGAGGAAGAAAAACGCCUAAACAAUCACACAACCACAGCAACCGUGUCCAUCAGUUCACCUCAGAGCAAGAGAGAGGCCAAAAAUACUAACAAAAAAACAUUCUGUGCAUGAUGCCAUUUCAUAACCGUUCACUGAGCGUAAACAUAAAAAGGCUUUGAAAAAGCAGAAAAAAAAUCUAUAUAUAAAGGAAAAACGUUUGCAAAAAAAGUAGGAAUGUUCUUCCCUCCAUCUGUGGAAACUGGUAUUGUUCCUGUUCGUCUCUUUUUAUAUGUAUUUUCUGUAUUUCAUCUAUAACUUUCACUGUUCUUUUCUGCCUUUUUAUUUGUCAAACACAGCCCUCAACAUUUCUGAGUGCUCUUAAGUGUGUGUGUGUGUGUGUGUAUAUAUAUAUAUAUAUAUAUAUAUAUAUAUAUAUAUAUAUAUAUAUAUAUAUAUAUAUAUAUAUAUAUAUAUAUAUAUAUAUAUAUAAUCUGAAGGCUGAAAGAGUGGCAUUUCUGAAGAUGUAUAUUAGUUUUGUACAAAUGUACACUCUCAUUCACAGCUGGGUCUAGUUGCUCGUUGUGAUGUGUGUGUGAUCAUAGAUUGUGUGUGUGAGCAUCUGAAGGGUGAUAAUGUCCCUAUCACUUCUUAAACUGAGCAUUAACGAUGAACUGGUGUUAACCGUGACAUUAGCUCACACAUGCCGUGACUUGGUUAGUUGAACUGUUUGUCGCUUGUUCUAAACCUAGUAAUGUAACUGUUAUAUUGAGUAGAAUAAAAUGCUUAAGAUUCUGAACUAACUUACAAAGCUUUAGGCCUUCACCAUUCCUUUGCUGAUCAUCAUAACCUUCAUGCGCUGUUCCUGCCGAAAGCUUUCUCUCCUGCUCUGAGGUGCUGAUGACGGUCCGGGCCGCUGCUGAGAAACCUCCCAACGCUCAAAUAAAUGAAAAUGUACUGAA